AAGAAGGAAGCCAUUAUAAAGUUCUUUGCCAAGCGUCCUUGGAUACUACUUCCAAACAGAGAGAGUCCAAUUCCACGAAUUAUACAAAUUCUCAGAGCACUGUUCCACUUCUCAGGACAACCAUUCUACAUAACCUGUGAAGGCGACAUCCAACCAGUUCAGUAA